AUGAGUACACAGACACUGACCCCAUUGGAUAGCGUAGAAGAUACCGAGAAGAUGCGUGAGCAGGCGAUCGCUUUCUACAAGCACGAACACAAUCUUUCUCAAGAAGAACGUCGGGAGUUGGCUCAUUUCUUUGAAAGCCAGGUUCGUAGAACAGUUAUGGGGUUCUCCAUAGGUGUCACUGUGGGUGCUGCCAUUCCGUUCAUUUUGAGACGUCGUGGGGCCAUGGUGCAUCCUGCCACCUCGAUCUUAGGCGCCGUUAUUGGAGGCACAGCGGCUCCUGGAUUGGUCAAUGGCCCCUUGAUGAGACGUGACGAGGCCAAUUUCAUCGAGAAGUAUGGUAAUGAAUCACAGGUUGUACAGACAUUGGCCAAUACCCCAGACAAGGUCACACGUGCAGUUUUUUGGACAGCGUACUUCCAAGCCACUGCCAAAGACGUGGAGAGACGAAUGCCCGAUCCUUCAAAAGUUGAUGGCCCAAUGUUCUUUGCCCUAGGUAAGGGAAGAAGCAGACCGAUGGUUGAAGAUGGCCGUCCCACUGCCCAUGAGGAGUACAGAGCUCAGUCAAGCUGGGACCGUGUAAGACGUGGUGAGACUAACGACCAUCACCAUCCACAACCUGCAACUGAACAUGGUGCUUUUGGGUUAGAAAAUGAUCAUACUAUUUUGGAGACAGAACCGUCAAAGGAUACAAUGCCACAAUCGCAGGCCAUUGGAUCUGCUUGGGACAGAGUGAGGCGGUCCGGGCAUUGA